AUGCCGUCGAAAAACGUUGUAAUCAUUGGGGCUGGGGUUGCAGGGCUUACUACGGAGCUCCUCCUAUCUGAGCGGAGUGGAUACCGGAUUAUUGUAGCUGCUAAGCAUAUGCCCGGCGACUAUGACAUUGAAUAUGCCUCGCCAUGGGCUGGUGCUAAUUAUAUGCCGGUCUCCGUAAGUGGAACUCAAGCAGCAGAAUGGGACAAAAAGACGUGGGCACGGCUGCUAGACCUAGCACUCAACCGCCCGGAAGCAGGUAUACAUAUACAAGGUGCGUCAUUCCUGGUUCAGAUCCUACUUUAUCAUGGAUGUUUGCUAAUCAUAAGGAAAGAAUGCGAAAUUUAUAGUCGAUCCCAAGACAAAGGAUCCGCCACAGCCGACUGGUUUUCUGAGUUACUGGCUCCGAAUCCCUGGUUCAAGGAGAUCAUCCCCAAUUUUCGAAGCAUUCCCAAAGACAAACUUAGCCCUGGAGUGGACGCUGGUACUGGUUUUACCUCUGUCUGUAUCAACACAGCUUUAUAUCUUCCUUGGCUCGUAUCCGAAUGCCUAAAAAACGGCUUUCGUUUCACACGCGCUGAUUUUAAACAUGUGCUGGACGCCCGCUCCGUCGGUGAUCAAUUGGGGGACUCAAUUGACUUAAUAGUCAAUUGUACUGGUCUCAUGGCCUCCCGGCUGGGUGGUGUUGAAGACAAGUCAGUGGUACCUGUUCGCGGGCAGAUUGUGGUGGUUCGUAAUGAUGCUGGCGAAAUGGUUGGUAUAUCCGGGACCGACGAUGGAGGCGACGAAGUCUGCUAUGUCAUGACCCGGGCCGCAGGCGGUGGUACUGUCCUUGGUGGCUCUUACCAGAAGGGUAACUGGGAUUCCCAGGUUGACCCAAGCCUUGCUGUCAGAAUCAUGAAGAGGGCGGUUGAGCUAUGCCCAUCUCUUACCGGCGGAAAAGGGAUUGGGCAUCUUGAUAUCAUAAGACACGGCGUAGGGUUGAGACCAAUACGCGAAGGUGGGACAAGGGUGGAGAAAGAGCGCAUCGGUAACACAUGGGUAGUGCACAAUUAUGGCGCCGGUGGAGCUGGUUAUCAGUCGUCAUUUGGGUGUGCUCAAGAUGCCGUGGACCUGGUGAAGGAAGCGUUGCAUACAACGGCAAAAUUGUAG